AUGACAGGUAUCGCGUCAGUACACCCGUCGGCGCCACGGCCGUCGGCGAGUCUCAUUGUGGUAAAUGCAAGGAAUGAGAUUUUGUUCGUCCAUCGUAAUCCACAGGCCCAAUCAUUUGGCGGUGUUCAUGUGUUUCCCGGUGGAAACUACGACGCCGCUCAGGAUGAUUCAUAUCAGAUGACUGCCAUCCGGGAAACAUUCGAAGAGUCUGGGGUAUUGCUUGCUUCUUCCCGAACUCAGACCACUCUGUUAUCCGACGCGGUCGUGGAUUCGUCACGGAGGUCUAUUCAUGCACAACAGAUGCUUUUCAAAGACUUCCUGAAAGAGCACAAUCUUGAAACGGACAGGAAAUAUCUUCUUCCGUUCACAGAAUGGGUGACCCCGCCACAGGUCCCUCGCCGAUUCCACACACGUUUUUACGUAGCCUUUUUACCAUCAUCGUCAACCACCACCUCAGACUUCUCGCACGGAACAAUCCAGCACCGUCUUCCUACCUCGGACGGCGGCCUUGAGGUAAUCGCCGCGCGCUUCAUCCACCCGCUCGAUGCUCUCGCCGAAUUCCGUUCCUCAAAGAUCGCCCUCAUGCCGCCACAAUACUACCUCAUCACCACCCUUGCGGGUGUCUUACACGGACGCGAGGCGACCCUUGAGCAGCAAGCACGAGUACGAGAGCUUGCCGCAGGUGCAUUUGGCAGUAUGGUGAUCAAUCCCCGUGGCCAUCCAGGAGGUCAGGAUCAAGACGGGAGGUCAGUUUUGACAUAUGAGGGCGAUGAAACUCGUGGCGGAUCGAAGGGCCGUCUCCAUCGGUCACUCGUAAGAUUCGGAAAGAAAGGGAUACCCACCGAGAUUGUGCUGUUGAGAAAUUUCGACGUCUUUACUGAGAUCGAGCACCAGGCAUUCUCAAAGCAGUCAAGACUAUGA